UAUCCCAUCCCCCUUCCAGGCUGUGGUCAGCCUGCCCCUGCCCGGAUGGCGGGGCACCUUUGGAGGCACAGAAGGGAGGAGGGUGGCUGGCGCCAGCCGGCCCCUGCCAGGUGCAGGGAUGUGCGGGCUUGUCAACCCCAAGCUCAGGCUGGUUCUUGCUGCUCUCCUGUCCUGCAGGAACCCGCACUGCUGCCUGUCCUGUGUCCUGGGCUUCAGGCCCGGGAUCCUGCCUGAUGUGGGGCCUGGGGAGAGAGGGGGUCUGCGGGGUCUGGCCAUCCUUCCGCUGCUGGUGAAGCUGGUGAUUCCUCGUUUUCCUCUCACCAGCUCUCCCACCGCGGGAAGGGGGCAGAGGGAGAGGGGGCGGCGCCUAACUCCAAAGCCCUGUGUGAGAGCAUCCGCUCACCCUUUUGCCGGUACCUGCGAGCUCAGAGGGGCUGGGACUGGAUUCUGAGGGCCUAGCUAGGCCUCUGUCAUCAGAUGAGAAGCCCAGGGACUGUGUGUGACGGGAGAAGGACAAGAGGUGUCAUGUGAACUUCUGCCCUGCCCACAAACCCGGCUUCAGGCCACCUGGGCAUGAAGAUGGUCUCACUCAGGGUGGGGGACCCCUGAGGGCUGAGGUCGGCAGCUCCUGCGGAAAGCUGCCCGCCUCCAGUCCCGGGAAGGGAGAGUGAAGUGUCUCCAGCCGCGUUUCCCUCCUUUGCCCCAGCCACGCACCAGGCAGUGAUCGUGACUCCUGGCUCCCAGUACCAAGGGAAGACCACUUCUCUGCUGGGGCAGAGGUGGAGCCGGAGCCCCCAUCUCUGCUCUGCUCCGCUCUGCUCGAGUCUUCUGGAAUGGACCUACCUGCUGGGAAACCAGGUCACCCUUGUUCCUGGGCUUGCCUGCCCCCUGGAGAACACAGGCGGCCCGGGCAGUAGGAGCAGUGGCCGCGAGGCUGUGGCGGCAGCACUUGGAGCCGAGGAUGCCCCAGGCCCUGGAGUGUUCGGAGGGCUGCUGGGCCUGGAUGGUGCUCCUGGCCUCUGUGGUGACCCAGGGCCUCACCCUGGGCUUCCCCACAUGCAUCGGCAUCUUCUUCACUGAACUGCAGCGUGAGUUCCAGGCCAGCAACAGCGAGACCUCCUGGUUCCCGUCCAUCCUGACAGCCAUGCUCCAUGCAGGGGGACCCUUGUGCAGCAUCCUGGUGGGGCGCUUCGGCUGCAGAGCGACGGUGAUGCUGGGCGGCGUGCUGGCCAGCCUGGGCAUGGUGGCCGGCUCCUUCUGCUGCACCCUCGGCCAGCUCUACCUCACGGCAGGCUUCAUCACAGGCCUGGGCAUGUGCCUCAGCUUUCAGUCAAGCAUCACUGUGCUGGGAUUGUACUUCACCCGCUGGCGGGUGCUGGCCAACGCGCUGGCCUCGGCGGGCGUCUCCCUGGGCAUCAUGCUCUGGCCGCUGCUCUCCCGCUAUCUCCUGGAGGACCUGGGCUGGAGAGGCAGCUUCCUCAUCUUCGGCGGGGUUCUCCUCCACUGCUGUGUCUGUGGGGCCAUCCUGAGGCCCGUGCCUGCCCGUGUGACCCCUGAGACCGGAGAUGGCCUCCCUCCACCUUCCAAGAGACCCGCACGCGGCUGCCCGGCAGCAUGCGGUCGGGCCAUCCGGCGCCACCUGGCCUUCGAUGUCCUGCGGCACAACGUGGGCUACCGCGUGUACACCCUGGGAGUCGCCUGGAUGAUUGUGGGCUUCCCGCUGCCCCACGUCUUCCUGGUGCCCUAUGCCAUUUGGCACGGGGUGGAUGAACACAGGGCGGCCCUGCUCAUCUCCAUCAUUGGCUUUAGCAACAUCUUCCUGCGGCCCAUGGCUGGGCUGGUGGCGGGCCGGCGGGACUUUGCCAGUCACCGCAAGUACCUGUUUAGCCUGGCGGCCCUGCUCAACGGGCUCACCAACCUGGCGUGCGCGGCGUCGGCCGACUUCCGGGUGCUGGUGGCCUACUGCCUGGUGUACAGCGUGUCCAUGAGCGGCAUUGGUGCUCUCCUUUUCCAGGUCCUCAUGGACAUUGUCCCCAUGGACCGGUUCUCCAGCGCCCUGGGCCUCUUCACCGUCCUGGAGAGCAUCUCCAUCCUCAUCUCCCCGCCACUGGCCGGACUCCUCCUAGACACCACCAGCAACUUCAGCUAUGUUUUCUACAUGUCAAGUUUCUUCCUCAUCUCAGCCGCCCUCUUCAUGGGUGGCAGUUUCUGGGCCCUGGGGAAGAUUGAGAGGCAGGGCCCGCAGGCUGAGGUGCAAGGAGCUGUAACAGAGGCUGCCCCAGAGCAGGGCCUCACUCUGGAGGACACAGACGGUCCCAAGAAGCGGCUGCGCGUGGAGAUCAUGUAUGUGACCAGCGUCUGAGGCCCGGGGUCACUCACAUGUGUGACCGGCAUCUGAGUCCUGAAGUCAGUGAGGCCUGCCUCAGCCCAGGAAUGUCCAGCGACUUCGCCAGAGGCUGAGGUGAAGGGCUGCCCAGAAAGCCUGAACCAAAGGCCAUCUGGGUUCUGCACGUCGGGACUCAGCCAGGAGUGGGGACCUUAGAGGCUGACCUCCAGAGGCUCGGGGUUCCUUCUAACCAGCAGAAUCCAGGAGCGGAUCCUCCUGACUUUUUUGCUGGGGCAUCAGAGUACCCGGGGCCCAGGAAGGUGGGUCUGCGCCCAGCUCAGGUCUGUCACGGCCGGCUUGGCUCAGCUGGCUGCCUGCGCUGCUGCUACAGCUCAACACACUGGACCCUCAAGUCCGGCCUGGGUGCCUCCCAUGUGAUCUCUUUGUCCUUCACCCCCUAGACAGCUCCGAAGAGCUCAACCCUCCUCCGAGUCUCUCCUGCCCCCCUUCUUCCCAGGUGGCCCAGCCCUUGCCCGCAGGGCUGCCCCCAGCACAGGUUGCUGGACCUCAUGCUACCUGGAACCUUGGGAAGAAGGGCUUUGGGAGAGAAUGUGUUGCAGUGGUGGAGGGCCAGGCUGAGCGUCGGCCUGGAUGCAGGAUUUGGACAGAUUAAAUGCCAGGUGGAGCACCCGUCCUGGCGACGGUGCAGAGAACUGGAGGGGAGCCCCUGGCUUGGGUCCUAGAAUCAGUGAAGUCUGAGGGCCCCCUGCACACUCAGCAGGGCCUGCUCUAGGGUCUCCUCCCUCCUCUGCCCCAUCCUGUAUCUUGGCUGGGAAGAUCAGUGCUGGGGGGAGCGGGAGAGCCACACAUCAGACCAGGGGAGGAAGGAUUGCUCGGCGGGGCCCCAGGACCUCUGUGGAAAUGGAGCUGCUUUUGCAGCAGAAGCCCUUUCACUCCCCUCUCCUGUCAGCCUUUUCUCCCUGCUGUGUCAGAGGUGUCAACCCUGGGAUAAGUGGCUGGCUGGGCCAGCUGCCAGGCCACCCCUGCUCCCCACUGGCCUGUGCGUCUGGCCUGGAAGUCAGAGCUUCUCCCCCAGACCGGCCGGCCGCCACGUACUCUUUUUGCUGGUGCCUUCCCUGAGAUCAUCACCUGGGGACUGGCUGUCAUCAGCCCAGGCUUGUCCCAACAGUGUACCAACUGAGUGAAAGGAAAAACAGAGUUUGUUUGAAUUACACACAGAAGCACUUUCUGCAGCGGGUUAUAAACCCUGUGAACUAACGAAGCUAGAAAAGAGGCCUGGAGUAAGUUUUCCCCCAUCCCCCUUCAGGGCUACUCCCACCAAGGACCUUGUUUGUUGAUUCAAGCUCAACCAGGUUUCAACAAGAAACCCUUAUCAGGAGAAUUGCUUUUCUUUUUAUGACCCGACUCCAGCCUUCCUCCUGCAAGAGUCCAACUGGCGUGAGUCAGCAUCCUUGGGGAUGUUGUCUUUCCCAGGACUCAUGAGUGCCCCCUUCUGGCCAAAAGAGGUAGUACGGAGGUGAAGCAAAGGGCUCUGGGCUGGAAUAGAGACCUGAAUUCA